AUGGAAAAAAAGGAAAAUGAAGAUAAAACAGAGAAUUAUUUUGAUAAAAUAACAAAUUUUUUUAAUUAUUUUACAUUAGAUAAUUCUCAGAAUGAAGAACAAACAGUUGUAUCUCCUGAGAUAAUGAAUAAUAAAAAUGAAAUAAAUCAGGAUAAUAGAGAUAGUGUAAAACAAGUUGUUUACAAUUUAAAAUUAAAAAGAGCAUCUGUAUCAAAUAUACCACAAAGAUUAAUUUUAGAUACAUUAAUAAAUAGUAAAAAAGAUGUGAAUAACAAAAUAAAUAUAAAUGACAAUUUCACAGUUGAUACAAUUACAAAAGAUUGUGAAGAAAAUAAUUCUAAUAAAAUUAGAGAAAAAAAUUCAUCACUCAUUAUAUUAGAUAAAGAUAAAGAAUCAAAAAAUAAUUUUAGUUAUUCUCCAAGUUUUCAUUACAAUAAAGAUGAACUUUUUCAUUUAAAUAAAAGAAAAAAUGAUAAAAAAGAAGAGAAUAAAAAGAAAAAAAAAGAUAAAGUAAAAAAAAACAAAAAAGAAUUAAAAGAGAAAGGAAUAGAAGAAUAUAUGAAUAUAGAUGAAAGUUAUACAAAUGAAAAAAAAGAAAAAACAAAAAGAAGAGAAAAAAAUAAAUGUAAAAAAAAUGAAGUAAACAAUCAAGAAGAAGAAAGAGAAAAAGAAGAGAAAAAAGAAAAAAAAGAAAUUAAAGAAAAAGAAGAGAAAAAAGAAAAAGAAGAGAAAAAAGAAAAAGAAGAGAAAAAAGAAAAAGAAGAGAAAAAAGAAAAAGAAGAGGAAAAAGAAAAAAAAGAAAUUAGAGAAAAAGAAGAAAAAAAAGAAAAACAAGUACAAGAAAUACAGGAAAAAAAAAAUAAAAAAACAGACAAAAAAAAAAUAAAAGAAAGCUAUGAAGAAAAUUACGAAAGCAGGUUAAUUAAAAGAAAGGAAAACCAAGAUAUAAAAAAUAAAAAUAUCUCCAUUGAACUUCCAAGUAUUAAAAAUUCAAAUGAUUCAAAUUAUUUAUAUGAUGAGAAAGUUCAAUUUUUAGAAAAUAAAAACUUCAAAGAAAAUAUAAAAAACAAUAAAGAAAUAAUAAAAAAUAAAAUUUCUCUUGAUAGUUCUACUCUAAAUGAAAAAAAUAUAUUUGAUGAUAAUAAAAAGUAUAUUAGAAUAAGAAAUCGUAAAAAAAGAGACAAUGUAAUAAUACUACCAAAACUUAAUUUAAAUCAGAAAUGUGAAUCCUUUUCAACUGAAGAAAAAAAAAAAAAAAAUCAAGAUAUUUUAAUUAAUAAUAAAAGUUGUAACAUUAAUAAUGUAAUCCAAGACAAUGAUGAUAAAACGACAGUAAGUGGGCAGUCUGAUGAAGAUAAAAAUGAAUUAAUGAAUUUAUGA